AUGGGCUGCAUCGGCUCCAAAACCACCAUCGUGGCUGUGGACACGACACUGUGUGUGGAGUGGAAGGAGGUGAAGGCACUGUCACCCCUGAGUGUUGCCCGCCCGCUGCCCCGGCUGGUGCGCCAGGCCUCCUUCGACAGCCAGGACUUCCUCCAGGUCAAUGUUGAGGACACUGUCGAGAUGCUGCCCAAGUCACGGCGUGCGCUGACCAUCCAGGAGAUCGCUGCCCUGGCCCGCUCCUCGCUGCAUGGCAUCUCGCAGGUGGUGAAGGAGCACGUGACAAAGCCAACGGCCAUGGCACAGGGCCGUGUUGCUCACCUCAUCGAGUGGAAGGGCUGGUGUAAGCCAGUGGAGUCACCUUCUGCCCUGGAGAGCGCCUUCAGCUCCUACUGCCACCUGAGUGAGGGCGAACAGGAGGCACGAUUCGCUGCCGGUGUGGCAGAGCAGUUUGCCAUCGCUGAGGCCAAGCUGCGAGCCUGGUCCUCCGUGGAUGGGGACGACUCCUAUGAUGAAUCCUAUGAUGAGGACUUCAUGCCCUCCACAGAGAGCUCCCAGCCUACUGAGCUGACAGGCACGAUGCCCGCCAGCGUGCUGCUGCGAGACCUGCUGCAGGGCCACCUGUGCCAACUGGGCGUGCGGCACAGCUCCUGCGAGCCCGAGAGUGACUCCUCGCACACCCUCUCCCCUGAGACUCUCUGCUCCAGCCUCUGCAGCCUGGAGAUGGUGUCCCCCUCCGAACUCACUGCCAAACUGCUGGGCUCCCUGGGGGGUGAGGACCUGCUGCUGCCCAAGCUGCCGCCCCCAGCCAGCCAAAGUGCCUUGCGGGGCCUGGCACGGCUCCGGUGCCAGGACUCCCUCUACUCCGUGUCCUACGCCGAAGCCUGUCUCUCGCCCGCGGAGGACGAGGUGGUGCUGAGCAAGGACUUCCCACUCCGCCGGAAAAUCUCUGACGUCGCCUCCUCCGGGGUGGCAUCGCUGGAGGAGGAGGAGGAGGCCGAAGAGCCCUGA